UCGUACGUUUACACGUCCCGGAGGCUCUUCGAUAAUGUGAACACGACAAACUCAGCAAAUCACUUACGAACACGAUUUUUUUUUUCUGUUGAACAUUUUCCCGUUUGAUUUUCUUUUAUUCGUUUCACUUCCCGGACAAUUUUCCUCACGUGGUACUGUCGACUUCAAAGUGUUGUGUUUGUGAUUGUGCCCUCUACAGAAAACUUGUCCGCCUUUUCUCUUUACUUCUUGGUAUGCGACUGUUCCAGUAGAAUAACAAAUACUGUUGGCGGGCCUUGGAGCGGCAUGCUGGAUGAUUUAAUAACACUUCGAGCUACCUAGAAAAAGAGCGGCCCACGGCCGCCGUCUGAAAGAACUGAUGACCAUGGCUGACGCGCAAGUAGAAACUAGUACCAACCACCCCGUCGGACUGCUGAGAAGAUACGCCGAGUACAAAAAUAACAAUCAUCCUCUCGCUACGAAUAAUAAUCACCAUCAUCACCACCAUCAUGGAGUGAAAAAAGAGAGAAAGCGAAAAAGGCUUAACCAAGUUGUGGACCAGCUCGCUACUCAAGCUCUCCCUCUUAACAACAACGUCCACCAUCACAACAACAACAAUAACAACAACCACGAUGUACGGGUGAAAGAAGAAUUGAUAGAUCCUGCUCAACCGUUGCUCAAAAAUUCCAAACUCAAAGAACCCUACUGUUAUCCGUCGGAAGAGGAAGAUGAGGUGUUCAGCCAGGCCUCGUCGUCGAAAUCGCCUCAUUCGUCAAACACCGAUUCGCCCAAGAUCAGUUUCAGCCCCCUACGAUUGAAAGAUUCGUUAGAAGAAGAAGAAAGAGAGUCUCCUCAUCAAGAAGCCAAAUAUCAUAAGUCUGAUCGUCAUUAUAGCCCCCACCCCCGGUAUUCCGGAUGCACGUGUACACAUUGCGUAUCCGGUGUGCCGAUCCAUUCUUUUCCAAUGGACAGGUUUUAUCCCGUGUCUCCCGUUACACCGCCGAUGCCCGCUCCCGUGUACAGCUUCGAGCAAUACCUUCAUUCGAAAUAUCUGCCAGAUAUAUUUCGCAGACGGUCUCAUUCGGACAGCGACUUACCACUCUGGUUUGAGGCGAAAGUCGAAAGGACGGAUACGUCGGUGCACAGUUCCCCACAGGAAUCGCCUCUCGACCUGUCGAUGAAAAGCUCCAGGAGUUCCGAGACGUCCCCCAGCUCCGGGGAUUCUUUCACUUCCAUACCUCCUUUGAUUGGGGGCUUUAUGCAUCCUAAAGGCAACGUGCCCGUGCCCGUCGUCAAAGGCGACGUGGCUUCACCGGCGACGAAAGAAUCCGUAGCGGUCUGGUAUAAUCUGGAAGUGUCCCCUGUCGUGGAAGAAAUGCCUCCCGGCUCGGACGUCGCGUACGUCUGUCCGGUCUGCGGCCAAAUGUUCAGCCUCCACGACAGGCUCGCCAAACACAUGGCCUCGAGGCACAAGAGCAGGGCGCAAAGCACGGAUUCCACCACCAAAGCUUACCUGUGCGACGUGUGUAAACGAUCUUUCGCGCGAUCGGAUAUGCUCACGAGACACAUGAGGCUGCACACCGGCGUCAAACCGUACACGUGCCGAGUAUGCGGUCAGGUCUUCUCGAGAUCCGAUCACCUCUCGACGCACCAAAGGACACAUACAGGAGAGAAACCUUACAAAUGCCCCCAGUGCCCGUACGCCGCCUGCAGAAGAGAUAUGAUAACUAGGCAUAUGCGUACGCAUUCGAGGUACGACCCGAGUAACGGCACGCCCAUUACAAACGAAGAGUACCCGUCACCACAAUCUUUAUCGCCAACUACGGAAUCUUCUCCCGAUUUAGAUAAUUUACUUAGUGCCAACCAAAGAGAAAAAACUCACAGCUUUGAACAAAAACUGUCUCCGGUUUAAAUUAAAACCAUAGUUCCUUAAUUUAUUAGUUCCAAAAAAAGGGGGUGAUCUUUUCGUACCGAAAGAAAAGCUUCCUUUUAUGAAAAAGCCACUUCGUUCCGCCUAGCACUGUUAGGCGGACCGACGUCAGCUUUCCAAAUAUUUCUUCUCAUAAUGGGCGAUUUUUGUUCAAAGUUCAAAACUUUAAAAACUUAGUGAGUUUCCCUUCCCCUUUGUGUGUUCAGCCCGUAACUCGAUGGGCCUCCAUCCCUAAAUGUACAACUCGCUUGCUCAAUAAUAUCUGCCUAGCGUUCAAUUUCAAAACCGAACGUUACAUUUUUUUUUAAAACUUAGAGGUAAUAAAUGUGAUGCUAAACUUUAGGCCACUCCAUUCAAUAAAUAAUUAUCAGCCAGAACUGACAGGUUAUUUUUAUACAUGCGAAGGAAACACGUGGUUAAAUCUUCUUUCCUAAUUGAAUGUUAACCCUUGAUUGUUACCCUAUUUUCCUCGGUGUGACUUUUGUUGGAUAUGUGUUCAAAUUCUUAAAUUAUCUUUGAAGUUAAACGUAUAUGUCGAAAUAUAAAAGCGCCAUGUUUUCGCACGGGAUUUCUCUUUGUUAAGACGUAGAAAGGAGAAAGCAUAUUACUUACAAAACGUACUUAAAAUUGUUUAUAUUUUUAAAUAUAUAGAUAUAUUUUAUUCGUAACUGUUUUACCAAUGAGUUGUUUGAUUAAAACUGUACAUAUUGUUUUCUUUUGUGCCACGAUCUAGCCAUAUGUAGUUUAUAGAAAACUAAGUUAUUUUCAUACGAUAAGUGUUUACAGGAGGAAAUUUAUUGUUAUAUGUCACAUUUUGUAAAAUAUAAAUUAUUUUUUAAUUUGUAUAUAUUAUACGGAUGUUGGGGUCCCGGACCCAUUGUAUAGAUGAAUAUACUAAUGGCCUAGUCUCACUUAUUUUUUCGUACUUGAAACGAGUUGUAAAUUAAUUUAAUUAAUAAAUUUAAAAA